CCCCCCAUCUCUCUUCAUCCCCUCCUAUCCCCCCAUUCCCCCCCAGAUCUCCCCUAUCCCAUCAACCCCCGCUCAGCGCGCGGCUCCCCUCGGCGACGUCACGGAGCGGGGUCCCGAGGCGGCCGUUAUUGCCUGUCGGUUGGCGCCAUUAGGCGGCAGCAGUCGGUCGGCUCGCAGCCAUGUCUGCUUCGCAACGCAUCCUGCGGCGGCGCUGCCGCUUGGGCGACCAGCGCCGGAGCGUGCGGCUCAGCAGCAGCUGGGGGCGCCCCUACGCAGGUUCCGUCGGAGGAGCCAGAGGAGGAUGGCGUUCCACUUUCCAGAGAUACAGAAACACUGUCCGGGCAUCCGUGCUGCAGCGCGUGAGAGCACGUGGAGGAAGAUGCCCUACCAGAAACCAGAUAAGCACAGUCCACAACCAGCCCACAAUGGUCCAGCAUGUGGGAGGGGCUGUAGGAGCAGGGGGUGCCAGUGCCCAGACUGCCGUGAUCGUUAGCCAGCCCUCCAUGGUCCAGCACAAGGGAGGAGCUGAGGGAGGUCGGGGUGCUGCUACCCCCAGUAACACUAAGACAAGUACAAAUCUUAGCCAGCCCUCCAUGGUCCAGCACAAGGGAGGAGCUGAGGGAGGUCGGGGUGCUGCUACCCCCAGUAACACUCACAUAAUCCAGCCAGCCAUGUCAAAGAACAAGAGAAAAGCCGUGUUUGAGAACAAGAGAGAGGACACAUUUCAGAACAAGAGAAGAGCUGUAGGAGGAUUGGGAGACAUGACCCAGAGAAAUACAGAGCAUGGCCAGGCACCCAUGGUGCAGCACACGAAAGGAGCUGUAGGAGGUCGGGGUGCUGCUACCAUGAGAAACACUCAGGCAAAUGCAGAUCUUAGCCAGCCCUCCAUGGUCCAGCACAAGGGAGGAGCUGAGGGAGGAUCAGGAGACAUUGACCAGAUAACCAGCAUGCUCAGCCAGCUAUCCAUGGUGCAGCUCACAGAAGGAGCUGUAGGAGCAUCUGGAGACAUGACACAAAGAAAUACCAAGCAUGGCCAGGCACCCAUGAUCCAGCACAAGGGAGGAGCUGAGGGAGGUCGGGGUGCUGCUACCCCCAGAAACACUCAGAGAAAUACAGAUCUUAGCCAGCCCUCCAGGAAGCAGGACAAGGGAGGAGCCGUAGGAGGAUCGGCAGACAUUGAUCAGAUAACCAGCAUGCUCAGCCAGCUAUCCAUAGUGCAGCUGACAGAAGGAGCUGUGGGAGGUCAGGGUGCUGCUACCCCGAGAAAUACACACUUUAUCCAGCCAGCCAUGUUAAAGAACAAGAGAAGAGCCGUGUUUGAGAAGAAGAGCAGAGCUGUAGGAGGAUCGGGAGAUGCUCCACCGACAGAUAGAAAGCUUAGCCAGCCACCCAUGAUGCUGCACGAGGCUGGAGCAGUAGGAAGAUCGGGACAUUCUACUCCAACAAAUACAAGCCUCAGCCAGCCGUCUGUGCUCCAGAACACGACAGGAAGUGGAGCCGGAUGGGGGGGCACUACUGCAACAAAGACAGACCUCAGCCAGGUACCCGUGAUCCAGCGCACGGAAGGAGCUGAGAAAGGAUUGGGUGAUGCUACCCUGACAGACACAGAUCUUAACCAGGCAGCCGUGAUCCAGCACACCGGAGGCGAUGGAGGACGUGUUGUUCGUGCCCGGAGAAACACAAACCUUCUCCAGCCAGCCACGCUGCAGCACGAAGGAGGAUCUGCAGGAGGACGGGGCGCUCCUGCAGCCGUUGUGCAGCCUCCUGCGCUCCCAAAGAGCUCCUCGGGUGGCAGCCGCGAUGCAGCAGGACUCUCUGGUGCCUGCGGUGUUGGAGCUGCAGGCAAGAAAGGCGCAGCGUCCUUGCAGAAAGCGAGCUCUGCAUUAAGCGGUGCAAACCCGGCUGGUGACUACAGAGAUGAACAGCAGAGACUUGUGGACUGGGUAGCAGAAGACAUGGCGACCUGGGAAUCUUCUGGACAGUGGAUGUUUUCAUGUUACUGUCCUGAGAAGGGCAAGCCUAAUGUUUCAGACUUUCCAGAGAUCUCCUUUGAGGAGCUGCACCUGGGGUAUUACAUCUGCAGAGCCAAGAAGGGCACAGGACUCUACAUAAACGCUGUCCAUCAGUAUGUGCAGCAAUGGAGAACCAGGCUGCAGAAGCUGAAGGUUUUAAACGCCUGGAGAACAGCAUCGAUGCUCCUUUGGAGAGAGAAAGCGGACACUGAACCAUUACUGUUUCUUGUACUGGGAGGACAGCAAGCCCCAAGCCCUGGGUUCCCAAGCUCUCCAGCCAACAGCCGCAGUCCUUCAGUUCCAUCGGCAGCCUCACUUCACGCUCCUGGAGCGGCCGCUGGCCGUGGACUGUGGGGCUUCCGGGCGCUGGGAGCUCGGCUGCUGCAAACCCUGCCCGCACCGCUGCGCUUGCUGUCGCUGCUCCCAAGGCAGCUGCAGAGACUUCUCAGCCGGGAGCAAGCAGCGCUUCGGCCGCACCGACAGCCGGUGCCUCUGGACACAGCGCCGCGUCCGCGCCUCUGCAUCCCCACGGCAUCAGAGCAGGCAGCUCUGCGCACCGAGGAGGGAACUGAGGGCCGGAGAGCUGGAGCAGCUAAGGGCCAAGAAGAUCAGGCAAGGAAAGAUCCCUGAGGCCAUGACCAGCGGACCUUUCUACGACAAGGACUGGAGUUAAUUCUGAACUUAUGAGCCUUAAUUCCAUAGCAUCUAAGUCUAUUUAGAAGCUCUGUGCCAUAAUUCCAUAGGAUCUAAGUCAAUUCUGAAGUUCUGUGCCCUCAUUCCAUAAUGCCUAACUUAAUUCUGAAGUUUUAUGACCUAAUUCCAUAGCAUUUAAGUUACUUCUGUAGUUGUGAGCCUUAAUUCCAUAGGGUCGAAGUUGAUUAUGAAGCUCUGUCUUUUAAUUCCGUAGGAUGUAAGCUAAUUCUGAAGUGAAGUGCCUUAAUUCCAUAGGAAUUAAGUUAAUUCUGAAAACAUAUGCCUUAAUUAUGUAGGGUCUAAAUUAAUUCUGAAGGAAUAUGCCUUAAUUAUGUAAGGUUUAAGUUAAUUGUGAAGGAAUAUGCCUUAAUUAUAUAAGGUCUAAGUUAAUUCUUAAGGAAUAUGCCUUAAUUAUGUAGGAUCUAAGUUAAUUCUGAAGGCAUAUGCUUUAAUUUCAUGUUAUCUAAGUUAAUACUGUAGGCAUAUGCCUUAAUUAUGUGGGGUUUAAGUUAAUUCUGAAGUUAUAUGCCUUAAUUUUGUGGGAUUAAACUGUAUUCUGAAGGUAUAGGCCUUUAUUACAUAGGAUGUAAGUUAAUUCUGAAGGCAUAAGUCUUUAAUUGCAUAAGAUCAAAGUCAGUUCUGACUGCAUAUGCCUUAAUUCCAUAGCAUCUAAGUUAAUUCUGGAGGCAUAUGCCUGAAUUUUAUAGUAUCUAAGUUAAUUCUGAAGACAUAUGCCUGUAUUAUAUAGUUUCUAAGUUAAUUGUGAAGGUACAUGCCUUAAUUCCAUGGGAUUAAACUUUAUUCUGAAGGUAUAGGCCUUAAUUAUGUAGGGUUUAAGUUAAUUCCUAUGGCAUAUCCCUUACUUCCAUAGGAUCUAAGUUAAUUCUGAAGGCAUAUGCCUUAAUUACGUAAGUUGUAAGUUAAGUCUGAAGGCAUUUGCAUUAAUUUCAUAGGAUCUCAGUUAAUUCUGAUGGCAUAUGCCUUAAUUCCAUAGCAUCUCAGUUAAUUCUGAAGGUGUAUGCCUUAAUUAUGUAGAAUCUAAGCUAACUCUGAAGGCAUAUCCCUUAAUUCCAUACGAUCUCAGUUAAUUAUGAAGGUAUAUGCCUUUAUUAUGUAGAAUCUAAGUUAAUUCUGAAGGCGUAUGCCUUAAUUAUGUAGAAUCGAAUUUAAUUCUGAAGGCAUAUGCCUUAAUUAUAUAGGGUCUAAGUUAAUUCUGAAGGCAUAGGCCUUAAUUCCAUAGCAUCUAUGAUAGUUGUGAUGGCCUAUGCCUUAAUUAUGUAGAGUCUGAUUUAAUUCUGAAGGAAUAUGCCUUAAUUACG